GGCAUUCGAAUUGAUCACAAACAUGCUAUGAAUUGGAAGAAUGAAAAAGAAUCACGUAAAAUAAGUUUUGGUCCCUCAGUUAAUAUUUACAAUUCAACAUUCUCUAGAAACUCUAAAAAUAUUGUAACUUUAAAUGAUAAAACUAUAAGUUCUGGUCUCUCA